UUUAAAUCGUUUAAUUCAUUUGCCGAUGAAUAUUGUCUCGCGUUGACGCAGACUCUGCUGUCUCGUGUCACCGCAGCACUCACUCUCUAAAAAAAUAAAUAAUUAAGAAUGGCCUUAUUAACACCUCUCUUUGCGUUUCUGUAUCAUUUGCCGCAGGUUUAUAAAUGGCUACUAAAACCAUACUACAUAGCCUCGUUAUUUAUGUCUGUCGCGUUCCUGCUUGUCCGCAAAACACCUGGGAUCUGCGAACAUCUUUCGACGCAGCGCGAGGAUGGCAAUUCAUGCGAUUUUGACUGGAGAGAGGUGGAGAUACUGAUGUUCUUAAGCGCUAUAGUCAUGAUGAAGAACAGAAGAGCAAUUACCAUUGAGCAGCACGUGGGGAACAUCAUCCUCUUUAGUAAAGUAGCCAAUGUGAUUCUGUUCUUCAGACUGGACAUACGUUUGGGGCUUCUCUACUUGACGUUGUGUAUUGUUUUCCUGAUGAUCUGCAAACCUCCUCUCUACAUGGGCCCUGAAUACAUCAAGUACUUCAGUGAUAAAACCAUUGAUGAUGAGUUGGAGAAGGAUAACAGAGUGACCUGGAUCGUGGAGUUUUUUGCUAACUGGUCACCAGAGUGUCAGUCUUUCGCCUCUGUUUAUGCUGAUCUGUCCUUGAAGUACAACUGUGCAGGGCUGAAAUUUGGCAAAGUGGACAUUGGUCGUUACAGCGAAGUAUCCAAAAAGUACAGGGUCAGCACCUCUCCUCUCUCAAAGCAGCUGCCCUCUCUGGUGCUCUUCCAGGGAGGAAAGGAAGUUAUGAGGCGCCCUCAGGUGGACAAAAAAGGACGUGCAGUGUCUUGGACCUUCACAGAGGAAAACAUCAUCCGCGAGUUUAACCUCAACGAGUUGUAUCAGAAGUCGAAGAAGCUUGAUAAGCCUAAAGGAGAGAAGUUCGAGAGGCCCACUGAAUCUGUGUUUGCCCCUGUGCCUGAAGAGGAGGAACCGGAGGCCGAGACCAUCACUGCGAUGGACACAGAGAGCAAGAAGGACAAAUAGAAAGUGCAUGCUGCUGAAGAGCACUGUGAAUCACUAUGGGACUGGACCGGAGUGUGCUAAUGUUCAGUAUGCAGAGAGAAAGAGUUUGUAUGAAGUCAUAAACGGAAUGAUUGUGUUAGUGUUUCUUUUUGUAUAAUGUAUUAGUUAAGUGCAAAAUCAGUCCAAUAAUAUAGUAAAUCCUAAUAUUAAUACAUAUUUAGAUUUCAUAAUCAUUGAUAUACUGGACACAGUAUACACAGACAAAACUGUUAUUUGGGACAUCGACUUUUAAUUUAAUCAAGUUAAACAUUGGACAUCUACCUCUAAUAUGGUUGAUAAUUGU